CUGUCGUCAGAGCAAAAUAGAGAUGCCUCCCAAGCGCAGCACAGCCGCCCCAGGCUCGGAGAUCUCGGGAGAUGGUGCAUCGGGUGCAGCUGCAGCAGCAGCAGCAGCGGCGGUGGCGCCGCCCGGGCCAGGGCCUGCCGGUGCCCCAGCCACCGGAGCAUCCGCAUCGACAAGUGUGCCCCGUUCUCGCAUAGGUCUGGCAAUGCCCUCGAGCAGAUCGGGGACGCCUUUGGCAUCUGCAGUGAAGGGGAGUGGCGUCUCGAUGGGCGCUGCACGACCGCCGAUGGCGGCUGCGCCCGUAUCGAUGGGCACCGCACGACCACCAUCUGUUCUGGCCUCUUCAGCGAGCGGUACCCCCGCUGCAGGCGCCUCUGUAGGCGGAGGAAGCGGAGUUGGCAAGAUGGUAUUCAGACCCAUCAUGCCACAGCGCCGGAAUCGCCCUUCUCCCUCGUCAGCAGAAUCGUCUUCCACGAUUCACCAAGCGGGCUCGGGCCCUCGCUCGUUUGCUGGUCGCGGCGCAGCUUUUAUGCGAGGGGCGGCAGGAGCUGGUGGACGUGGGCGUGGACGCGGGCGCGGAGCAGGAGGAUCUUUUGCGCCAGAACCAUUGCAUGCUUCGGGCCCCUUCUCACAAGGUCCAGGCGGUCCGCCUCGCUCAGCGGCCGGCGCCUCGGCGCGCCUUGGCAUCAGCGGGGGGGCAUCCUCAUAUCCGUCCGUGGAAGACGAGGGCUCACGGCACUCAAAUGCCAGCACCAGCGCAGCAGGUCCUAGCGGAUUCAAAUUGGAUCCCAACCGCUUCAGGGAUGCCAAGCACGACCUCGACCUGGCGGACAGGGAAGCAUUGUCGGAUGAUGAUGAUGUCGAGCUCGGCGUGCGCGCAGAUGGAAGAAUGGUUGCAGAGGACCUAGAGCGCGAGGAUGCCUAUGCGCCGCGCGCACUACCCAAGUACAGGUUUGCCAAGGCCAAGGAAGAGGGAGAACAAGAGGCAGGGAGGAAGAAAGGCAGGAGCAAAGCCAAUGGCAAGGGCAGAAUCAAAGAAGAAGCUGUAGAGCACGGGAUCAAAAGCGUGAAAAAGGAGCCAGAUGCGGACUGCGACAAGACAAUGGGGACUGCCCCUGCCGACGUAAAGAGGUGCGGCGAAACAAGCCAGAUGCCAUCCGCCGAGCGAGACCUCGAGGACGACGCAGACGCACACGACGGCAAAACAGACAACGCGCUUGACUUGUCUGAGAGCGAAGACGAAGAACUGCUUGAUAAUCUGCUCGACUACUUUGUGGCGAAUGAAGAUAUUGGCACGGAGCCUGAAGAGCGCCUUUACCUUUUCCAGUUCCCGCAACCUUUCCCUGGCUUCGUCAUCCCACGGACAACUACUGUACCGCCACCUGCAGACUUGUCAGGCUCCAAAUCGAAGCGUGCGGGUCCCGGUACAGUUUCCGACGAAAACGAUGAUGAUGAGAAGCCGCGUGCAGCACAGCUUCUCAAGAAAAGGCCGAGCAAAGGAGUUGUCUUUGCGCCAGACACAGCGGGCGGUGGCGGCGCAGCGGGCGUCACACCUAGUCCAUGCACAACGCCCGGCCCCGAAACGUCAGGCGAUUCCGCCUCGAACUUGAGUUCCACGGUUGCCGGUUCAUCGGCAGGCGGGAGCGGCGUCAAGAAGGAGGAUGGAGACGAGAAGAAACCGGUCACAACGAAGCGAAAAGGUCCGCCCGAGGGACGGAUCGGGUCGCUCAAUCUCUACCGUGACGGCCGCGUCGCUUUCCAUCUUGGUCGCCCGGCAGCUGACCGUGCUGCGGCGGCUGCUGACAGCGAAAAUGCGAACACGCGCGAUAAUCUCGUCGUCCUGGAUGUUACGGGCGGAUCGCCAGCGACAUUCUUGCAACAACUCAUGGUGCUCAACCCAAACGCUGGUACGGCCACGUCUUUGGGCGAGAUCGAACGCAAGUUCGUCGUCACGCCUGACCUUGACCACGUGCUGGCCGAUUUGUCCAAGAGAGGUCUUUAAAGCGCUCCACGCCACCGAAUGGCUGACGCGAGCGCUUGUGAGCGCACACAUGUACACAUUGUAUUGCUAUUAAUGAUGCAGCGUACGAAUAGGGUUGCUGCAUUACAGUGCAAUACAAGACACUCAGGCUUCAUCGCUGGACGUGCUGUCGGACAGGUGGCGCGAGACUCGUCUUUUGCUUUUGAUAGCCUGCUGGGCGCCAUUGACUGUCGUUCUCGUGGUGCGCAUGCU